AUGGCACGACUAAUGCUUACGCCGUCUGCUGAGCGUAGACCUCGAAUGCUCAGUCACUCCGUCAAAAAGCCAGACAGAACGCCUUCAACUUCCAAAAGGCCAUCUUGCUUAAGGAGCAUGAAUCCUACCUGGAAACGUCGCCAGUAUUUUCUCAACCAAAUAUCACACCGUUUCGGUGGUCGCAAGCUCAUUACGCCACCCUUUGACACUGUUGGGUCGAUUGACCUUACAGGGGCGAUCGGCCCUUUGACCUCCGCAUCAUCGAUAACGGACUCUGGAGAGCAGCAUCCAUCUUGGACCGAGGAUGCUGCAACACGUAAAGAUCCUCACGAGGAGCGUGGGACAAAACGGAAAAGCGAAGAAUAUACAUCGGGCUCAACUGAGAUCCGAAGACCUUGGAAGGCAAACUCGCCACCGACUUUGGGAAAAACUUCCGCAGAGCUUCUGGCAGAGUCAAACCGAACAAGUCGUACCGCCCCUUUGAAUGUUGCUGAACGGCCCAGACGCAAUUCUCCUAAUCCGCCGCAGAACCGCGACGAGGAAGGGAAAUAUGAUUGGUUUGAUGUCGAGAAUAUUGAGAACAUGUUUGUAAAUGUCGAGCCAGAGUUCUGUCCACAACCGUCUCCAAUGUGUGGCGUAGAUAAAGAGAAAGAGAGACAACAUCAGACCGCAGCGAUGCGGUACCACAACCAGCUAGAAAUGAAGUGGAAAUUACUCCGAAAGAAGCACAGCCUAUAUUCAUGGUGUCCAGUUCUCAAGAACAUGAUAAGAAAAUUUUGA